GGCCACUCAGUCUUAACUGAUAACACAUCGGUUGAAUUGUUGUAACCCGUUUAUCAUUCCAGCAACAUCUUCUACUUUAUUUUUCGGGUUCAGUCUCAAUCGUCGCGUGAAUUUUUCUCAGCAAAGCAAGAAAAUUGGAAGAAAAACAGCGAAUGUUACGUCCCGCUACACAUUUUUUUGGAGAGGUUGAGCAUUGGCUAUGCGACGCUGGGUGAUCGUAGGAACCAGCUGCACCUUUUGAUCCAGAAACUUCAUCUGCUGUUGGACUGAAUUACAUAAAAUACGUUUCCCAAUAGUAGGUUGUUUUAUUGUUUAUUUUAUUUAAAUGUUGUACAAUGAAGGAAAGAGUUUUGAUGCUAGCAGUUAAUGUGUAAAUGCAACAUGGCUGCUGCGGGGAUAGCAGAGAGAAAAGUUUAACAGGGACGUGGGGCAAGUUUCGAACCAGAUCUGUUGUCCGCACAUUCAAGUCGUAAACAGUCGAGCCUGCGUGGACACCGCUUUGCAGGGAGUCUAAAACCUACGGAGGAACUGUGUCGGAGCCGCCACCUCCUCCUCCUCUUCCUCCUCCUCCUCAUCGGCGACAGUCGCAGCUGAGGACUUUCAAACUGUGGCGUCUCACCUCUUCAUCUCAGACUCUGCUGGAGGCUUUCACGGCAGCUUUGUUUGUUUGGAGUUAAAAUGCAUUUCUCUAUCCCCGAGACGGAAGUUCGCUCAGGGGACAAUGGUUCAACCUACGUGGCCUACAACAUCCAUGUCAACGGCGUUCUGCAUUGCCGGGUCCGUUACAGUCAACUGCUUGGUCUGCAUGAACAGAUUAAGAAGGAAUACGGCAGCAACGUGGUGCCCAACUUCCCCCCAAAGAAGAUCUUCACUCUGACCCCCGCUGAGGUCGAACAGAGGCGGGAACAGCUUGAAAAAUACAUGCAGGCCGUACGUCAGCAUCCUUUGCUUGGAGCCAGCGAUUUGUUCAACAGCUUCUUAAGGAAAGCACAGCAGGAGACCCAGCAGAUUCCCACAGAGGAGGCGGCUCUGGACAUCUGCCUCUGCAGCGGUCCGAAGCUCACAGUCCACAUCCUGACCUCGGAUCAGACGGAGGAUGUUCUUGAAGCUGUUGGUACAAAGCUGGACCUCCCAGAUGACCUGGUUGGAUAUUUCAGUCUCUUCUUGGUCCAUGAAGGUGUGGAUGGAAGCUUGACAUUUGUGCGAAAGCUGCAGGAGUUUGAGCUGCCUUACGUUUCCAUUACCAGCUUGCAGAGCUCGGAAUUUCACAUAGUUUUACGAAAAAGUUACUGGGACAUGGCCUAUGAUCAGGAUGUGAUGGACAACAGAGUUGGCUUAAAUUUACUCUAUGCUCAGACAGUGUCUGACAUCGAGCGAGGCUGGAUCCUCGUCAACAAGGAUCAACAAAGACAACUUAAGUCACUUCAGGAAAAAGGCUCCAAAAAAGAGUUCAUCCAUCUAGCACAAACUCUCAAGUACUACGGCUACAUCAAGUUUGACCCGUGCAUCACAGAUUUCCCCGAGAAGGGAUGCCAAGUCAUCGUCAGCGCCGGCAACAACGAGCUCAAUUUCCACGUCAAGCUGCCCAACGAACAGAUGAAGGAGGGGAGCUUUAAGGUCACGCGCAUGAGAUGUUGGCGAGUCACGUCUUCUCAAGUCCCAGUAACCAACGGUACGACCAAUCCCUGCGGCUCGGCGAAAUGCGACGUCAAACUGGAGCUCGCUUUCGAGUAUUUGAUGAGCAAGGACCGCCUGCAGUGGGUCACCAUCACCAGCCAGCAGGCCAUCAUGAUGAGCAUAUGCCUUCAGUCUAUGGUGGAUGAACUAAUGGUCAAGAAGUCAGGUGGCAGCAUAAAAAAGGUUUUAAAAAAGAGACAGGAGUCUCUCCACAGAGCCGACAGCCAGCAAGCAGUGAAAUCUCCCCCCCUACUGGAAUCCCCUGAUCCAAACCGAGAACAAAUAGUUAAACUCUCUACCAAGCUAAACUCUGUGUCUCUCCGAGGGAUUAGCACCUCCAACUCCGCCAACGACAUCAGCAGCAACGAUUUCCACGGCAACUAUGCUUUCGAAGGAAUCGGCGAUGACGACCUGUAAUACGUUCUUUACCGUCCUUCCUUUUUGCCAUUUCAGUUUUAAGACAAACAAAGGUCAGAAUCUGAGCCGAGACUCGCUAAGAAGGUGUCCACUUCUUGCAAUACUGUAGCUUUUUCCCCCCCCCAAAGGAGAAAAUGCUGCCUUAAGCUUUCACGUGAUCUUUGACUGUCAUUUGCUCUCUCUAGACUUUGAAGGCUCAUUCCAGUUUUAGUUGCAAUCAUGUUUAAACUUUGCUCCUUCUUUAUUGAGCUUAUGAAAGUGUGGAUUCUUCCCUGGGUGGUUGUGCGUUAAACUUGGCCUUUCACUAGUGAUCAGACAGCAGAACUGUGCAAAUGUCGAGUAAGAAAGUAAAGUAUCUUGCAGAUGCUCAGUUACAUGGAUGAUUAAUGUUUGGCGAAAUACCAAAACAUAUAUUUUUAAUAGUGUUGCCUGUGUUUCAUCGUGUGCUGAGGCAGCAGCUCUCAUUCUCGUCCUGCCUUCAGAAGUGGUCUGAUGCCUUAACGGUUUCCUGCUUUGAACUCAUCCACCAUCUUGCCGUUCGUCUCACCCAGUGGGUUUUUUGAGUCUGCAGAAUGAGGUGAUGAUUGAGCUGCUUGCACUUCCUGUAACCAUCUUUUUGCACAGUGUUACUAGAAAAUGAGAAAAAUUUUAGAGCUCAAGCCAGACUUCUUUUUCUUUUUUUAUCGAUCCCCCCCAGGGAGGCAUUGUAAAUUCAUUUUAAAAUUUCUUUUAUAUGUUUUUAAAAAGUUUCUCAUUAAUGCCAAAUUCUAGUUUACUAAAGCAGUUUGCACAAAAUAAACAAAAAAAUUAUGAUAAUGUCACUUUUUUAUAUUCUGUACAUUGCUAUAAAGGGUUACUAAUAUCAUCAUAGAGAAAUGUAAUCAGAUCAAAUGUAAUCUAAGCUGCAUAGGGCAACGUUCAAAAGGACCAACAUUAUCAUGUUUACAUUAAUGUUGAGGGGACUUUCAUUUGUAUUUUUUUUUAGUAUAAAUGAAAAGUGUUUACAGAUUUUGCUUUUGAUUAACUUGUUAUUUUUUUAAGGAGAUCGUGUGAGGAUCUGUGGCUUUAGUCUUUUGUUUGUAUGUGGUGCCAAUCAUCAAAGAAGAUAAAAAAAGGUGCUUUGAAAUGCUGGAGUGAACAAAAUUCACAGUUGUAGGCAACAAAAUGAAACAUAUCUCACCUGCUUUAGAAAUCCUGUCGUUCCAUAUUAAUGCUUGACUGGUUUCAAAAGCUGCCUCUAAAUGUAAAUCAGUGCCAACCUAUCAACAGCUUUAUUCUCACAGGUAGCUAUGACAAACUAAAUGUUGUCAGUGUAAAUAUCUUGUUCUUUCUCUGCUGUGAUUCAUCUUGUUUUUCUUUUUGUUGCUGGGUAGAGAAUAUAGACUCCUACCAAGUUUUUUUUUCUUUGUAGCUGUCAAUACCAACUCCACAAACCUGCGAGAUCCUGGAUGUUAAAUGUUUAAAUCAAAAUCACACUAGCAGUUUUUCCAUCAGCGUCAUUUUUCAAAUAAUAAAAAGUCCCUUUUCAUCAA